AUGCGAUCAGCGAGAGCUGUCGUUGGUGACAGCUGGGCGCAUCGGGCCAGCGCAAUGUCCCCAGCACGGAUUUCUGUGGUAGCACCGGUCUCACCUGUCCCACGCAGCAUCACCUCUCUCAAGCGUUGGUCGGUUGGGAACAAGCUCAAGCUCCCAGAUGUAUCCUCAGUGAAGAUAAUCCAUGUCUAUGACUUUGACAAUACCCUUUUCAAAUCUCCCCUUCCCAACCCGAAGCUAUGGCACACUUCUACCAUUGGCCAUCUCACGUCGGCAACUAGUUUUUCAGAUGGAGGCUGGUGGCAGAAUCCCAGAAUGCUCUCAGCUGCUGGUGAAGGUAUUGAGCGCGAAGAGGCCAGAGGAUGGAAAGGUUGGUGGAUCGAGGAAAUUCUCGAAUUGGUCAAACUCAGCAUUGAGCAAAAGGACGUCCUCACAAUUCUCCUCACUGGACGGUGUGAAGCUGACUUUUCCGACAUUGUCAAUCGGAUGGUGAGAAGUCAAAAGCUGGAUUUUGACAUGGUAGUUCUCAAACCUGAAGUUGGCCCUAAUAAUGAACGUUUUCGAUCGACAAUGAACUUCAAGCAGCAAUUUCUAGACGAAGUUCUUCUCACCUACGAUGCGGCCGACGAAAUCCGAAUUUAUGAGGACCGCCCUAACCACACGAAAGAAUUUAGUGAAUACCUGGAAAGUCGAAAUCUGAAGUUCAAAAACUCCGGCAGAAAAGCGUUUAGCGGCGAAGUCGUUCAGGUGCCAGAAGAAGCACACUACCUCGAUCCUGUGACUGAAGCUGCUGAGGUACAGCGUAUGAUCAAUAAUCAUAAUAUGGCUCUUCGUAUGGAUGGAGGCACCCUCAGAACCCCAUUUCGCGGAAACAUUCACAUGGAGUCCAAAUUCUUUUUUUAUGGAUAUAUGAUCUCUCAUGAGGAUACACUGAGGAUCAUCAAAGAACUUGUGAUCCCAAUGAUGGACGGGCAUUCUUCGAACGAUUUUAAACUUAUGGCCGACGUCAUAUUGAUUUCAUAUGAGCCCGAAAAGGCCACUUUGGAGCAGGCCGGAGGCUUGGGAAGAAAACUAACUUGGCAGAUCACAGACACAGCCAUCGUCGAUGAUUCGUCGUUCUUGGCCCGGGUAGCCCCAGUUCCAUCGACUGAGAACUACAAAGUCGAGAGUGAGGAGCCAAUUCUUGUUUUGGCACGUCACCGACACUGUCAGGCAGAUUAUUUCCGAAACAAACCUCAGAACUGGACACCUAUUCCAUCUGAAUUGCGCGAAAAACUGACCUUCCAAACCGUUGUUGGACAGAAAACCAUUGCACGUAUUGAAGAUGAGCGUCGCCAGAACCCGCGCUACAGCGGAAAUCAAAGUCGUCGCGGUGGUAACCGCCAUGAUUUCACUCAUAAUACAUCGAACACAACUGAUGAUCGCAUGGCGAAUGAGUCUCCUGAGACUCAUCUCAGUCAUCAUCGAUACCAUCCAUAUCAACAACGCCCGGCAGGGGAUUUCGAGGAUUCUUAUCGAGGUACCUCCCGUGGUCGUGGCCGGGGCCGUGGCCGCGGGCGUGGGCCUCGAGGACGGGCUAAUUCCUAUCGUGGCCGUGGUCGUGGCCGUGGAAACUUCGACAGCGGUUCGAUCAACUACUAG